AAUGGUCAAACAUGGUAAAGCUAAAGCCAAGACCAUUAUCCUAGGUUCAUUUCCUUCUCAUAGCCAUUACCUCAAACUUCUAGCUCUAUUAGUUUCUUGUGCUUCUACUUCCUGAAAUUUCCGCUUGUGAGUUCAAUCCAGAGAAGCUAGAAAAAGAGAUGGUGAAAGAUAGGAAUAUUGGAGUGGCGUUAGACUUCUCUAAAGGAAGUAAGAUUGCUUUGAAAUGGGCAAUAGAUAACCUGGUGGAAGAGGGUGAUACCCUCUAUGUCAUCUGUGUCAAAAGCCCCCUAGAAAAAGAAAGUCGAAACCUUCUUUGGUCUAGCUCCGGUUCACCUCUGAUUCCUUUGGUGGAGUUCAGUGAUCAAGAAGUGAUGCAUAACUACGAGGUUGAUCUUGAUCCUGAGGUUUUGACUUUACUGGACGUUGCAUCCAAACAAAAACAAGUUACUGUGGUGGCAAAGCUUUACUGGGGUGAUGCAAGGGACAAGCUCUGUUGGUCAGUUGGAGACUUAAAGCUUGAUUGUUUGGUCAUGGGCAGCAGAGGACUUGGUAACAUCCAGAGGAUACUUCUGGGAAGUGUGACCAACCAUGUUAUUGUGAAUGCUACGUGUCCGGUGACAGUUGUCAAGGAUCAAGGUGCUCAUGAGAUUUAACUAGAUCUUCUAUGUGCUGAAAAUGACACUAUAUGGAAUCUUCUUAUAGUAAGGGAGGUUGAAUAUGGAGGUGUUGGCAAGUACUUUCCGAAUUCUAGUUCCCAAAGUUUCUUUACUAAAGUUGCAAGCUGUUUCACAAUCUAUUUUUGUAUAUGUAUGAACAUGGUUGUAUUGUAUAUUAGUAUGUAUGGAUUUCAAUAAUCCUAAAAGAAAAACGAAUAAAACCCUCUAAGGAUUUGAGCUUUUAUUUUGAAACAAAA